AUGGCUCACAUUGAAAAAGUUGCAAUUAUUGGCGCUGGCGGUAGGAUUGGGAGUGCAUUUACUAGAGAGAUCCUUAGGACUGGCAAGCACGCAGUCACUGCCAUCACCCACAAGGACAGCAAGACUGCUUCUAUCCCAGGGCUUAAAGUGGCCGUAGUGGAUUACGAUGAUGAUGCAUCCCUCAUCCCAGCCCUCACGGGGCAGCAGUUCUUGAUCAUCACUCUCUCGAUGAACGCACCAGGAGACCUGCAUGCUAGAAUCCUCAAGGCAGCGGGAGAAGCUGGUGUUUCUUGGGUCAUGCCGAACAUAUAUGGUGGCGACAUUCAAAACAAAGCUGUUAUGGAGGAGACCCUGAACGGAAAGUCCUAUAAAGCACGCUUGGCCGAGUUUGAGGGAGUAAAUGUGUCUCGGGUGGUAUUGGUCUGCGGAUUCUGGUACGAGUUUGGCUUGGCAUCCAAGGAACCCUUCUUUGGAUUCGAUGUCGCUGACAGGAGCUUAACGUUUUAUGAUGACGGUAACACCAAAAUCGAUGUCAGCACUUGGGACCAAUGUGGACGUGCUGUCGCAGCUUUCUUAAGCCUGCCCGUGGACGGUCCAUCACCGUGCAUGGCAGAUUGGAAGAACAAGCCACUUUAUAUCAACAGUUUCAAGGUUAGCCAACGGGAUAUGCUUGAUAGUCUGAAUCGAGUACUUGAAACUACAGACAGCGACUGGACGAUCGACUCUGAAGUCACAGAGGUGAGAUUUAAGAGAGGCCUCGCAGAGCUGCAAAGUGGUAACGCCAUGCUUGGAUUUCCGACGGCAUCGUACGCCCGAAUCUUUUAUCCUGACGGGGUCGGUGAUUUUGGGUCGAGGUGGGGACUUAGUGAUAGAUUGCUCGGACUGCCUCAGGAAUCUCUUGACGAUGCUACGAAGAAGGUUGUCGAGAUGGUGAAGAACGGAUGGACCCCCUUUUAGGUGUACGUAUGUACGUUGAAUUGUCGAGAGAUACGAUGCUAGUGAGGAGAAGCCACUAGGUGGAGG